UCGGGGUGCCGGACCGAGCAGCGAGGUGUGUGCGUGUGUGCGAGCUGUGUCCGUACCGAGAGCCGAGUACGCCCGCGAGGCGCUGCAGGACCCCGGAGAAAGGGGAGCGGAAAGCUCACCGUCGCUGCCGCCCACUGAGCUGCGUCGGUACAAACAGAGAUCCACUGGAGGGGAUGCGCUGACGCCUGACUAUGGUCAUUGUUACUCGCUUCUACUGAAGGAGAAGAACUCAGUGACCACACUUCACCAGUCCACCAACUGACGGGACCAGUGACCGGAGAGGGUUCUCGGGGUCGCCACCGGAGGGCAGCACCGGCGCGGUCGCCGCCAUGGCCAAGGACGACACGGUGCGAUCCGUGCAGUCCUCGCAGGCCGACGAUGAGGACCCGUCGCCGCUGGACCCGCAGACCCAGCUGUACCGACACGGAGACGGGUACGAGAUCGUCGAAAGAGUCGCCAACAAGAUCAUCAUCAAAGGGGACUACAUAUGGAUCGAGCCGGCGGCGCGCAGGGAGUUCGACGUGGCCAUCGGCGCCCGGGUGGUGUCGGCAGAGGGGAGACGCAUCCAGGUGGUCGAUGACGACGAAAAGGAGCAAUGGCUGACCCCCGAGAGACGCAUCAAGGCCAUGCACCCGACGUCCGUGCAGGGCGUCGAGGACAUGAUCUCGCUGGGCGACCUGCACGAGGCCGGCAUUCUGCGGAACCUGCUCAUCCGCUACAACGAGAACCUCAUCUAUACAUACACGGGGUCAAUUCUCGUGGCGGUCAACCCGUACCAGAUCUUGCCCAUCUACACUGCCGAACAGAUCAAGCUCUAUCGAGACAAAAAGAUCGGCGAGCUUCCCCCGCACAUAUUCGCCAUCGGAGACAACUGCUACGCUAACAUGAAGCGCCAGAAGACCGACCAGUGUAUUGUUAUUAGCGGCGAAUCAGGAGCCGGUAAGACGGAGAGCACCAAGCUGAUCCUGCAGUACCUGGCGGCCAUCUCCGGAAAACACUCGUGGAUCGAACAGCAGAUCCUCGAGGCCAACCCCAUCCUCGAAGCCUUCGGCAACGCCAAGACGAUCCGGAACGACAACUCGUCUCGCUUCGGCAAGUACAUCGACAUCCACUUCAACGACCAGGGUACCAUCGAGGGCGCCCGGAUCGAGCAGUACCUGCUGGAGAAGUCGCGCAUCGUGUCGCAGAACAGCGACGAGCGCAACUACCACGUCUUCUACUGCAUGCUGGCCGGCAUGACCAAGGAGCAGAAGCAGCAGCUGGAGCUGCAGGCGCCCACCCAGUACCGCUACCUCACCGGCGGUGGGACGAUCACCUGCGAGGGCCGUGACGACGCGGCCGAGUUUGCCGACAUCCGCUCCGCCAUGAAGGUGCUCAUGUUCAGCGACACAGACAUCUGGGAGGUGCUGAAGCUGCUGGCCGCCAUCCUGCACAUGGGCAACAUCAAGUUCGACCCCACUGUCGUCGACAACAUCGACUCAUCCGAGGUCCGCGACAUGACGAACGUGAACCGGUGCGCCAAACUGCUCGGGGCGGGAGGACAGGCGCUGGGCAUGGCCAUCACAUCGCGUACCAUCUUCGCCCAGGGAGAGACCGUGAGGUCGCUGCUAUCAGUCGACCAGGCCAUGGACGUAAGAGACGCCUUCUGCAAGGGAAUCUACGGCAGGCUCUUCGUCUGGAUCGUUAGCAAGAUCAACUCGGCCAUCUACCGGCCCAAGAAGACCUUCAGGUCGUGCAUCGGUGUGCUCGACAUCUUCGGCUUCGAGAACUUCAGAACCAACAGCUUCGAGCAGUUCUGCAUCAACUUCGCCAACGAGAACCUGCAGCAGUUCUUCGUGCAGCACAUCUUCAAGCUGGAGCAGGAGGAGUACAACCUGGAGGCCAUCAAUUGGCACCACAUCGAGUUCGUCGACAACCAGGACGCGCUCGACAUGAUCGCCGUCCGACCGCUCAACAUCAUGGCGCUCAUCGACGAGGAGAGCAAGUUCCCCAAGGGCACGGACCAGACGAUGUUGAACAAGCUGCACAAGACCCACGGCGACAACGUCAACUAUCUGAAGCCCAAGUCGGACAUGAACGCCUCGUUCGGCAUGAACCACUUCGCCGGCGUCGUCUUCUACGACGCAAGAGGUUUCCUGGAGAAGAACCGAGACUCGUUCAGUGCCGACCUGAUGCAGAUCGUGCACAGCUCGACCAACAAGUUCAUGCACACACUGUUCCAGGAGGACCUCAACAUGGGAUCAGAGACGAGGAAGAAGGCGCCGACUCUGUCGACGCAGUUCAAGAAGUCGCUGGACUCGCUGAUGAGAACCCUCUCCAGCUGCCAGCCGUUCUUCAUCCGCUGCGUCAAGCCCAACGAGUUCAAAAAGCCCAUGAUCUUCGACCGGGAGCUGUGCUGUCGCCAGCUGCGCUACUCCGGCAUGAUGGAGACGAUCCGGAUCCGCCGCGCCGGGUACCCGAUCCGGCAUACCUUCGGCGAGUUCGUCGAGCGCUACCGCUUCCUCAUCAGCGGCUGCCCGCCGCCCCACAAGGUCGACUGCCGGGCAGCUACCUCCAAAAUCUGCAAGGAGGUGCUGGGCCGCUCCGACUACCAGCUCGGCAAGAAUAAGGUGUUCCUGAAGGACUCGCAGGACCUGUUCCUGGAGCAGGAGCGAGACCGUGUGCUGACCAAGAAGAUCCUGAUCCUGCAGCGCUCCAUCAAGGCCUGGUACCACCGGCGGCGGUUCCUGCGUAUGCGCGCUGCGGCCAUCACGAUCCAGCGUGUGUGGCGUGGCUACGCCCAGAAGCGAGCCUACCAGCACAUGCGCGUCGGCUACAUGCGGCUCCAGGCGCUCAUCAGGUCUCGCGUGCUCUCGCACCGCUUCAAGCACCUGCGAGGUCACGUGGUCUCUCUGCAGGCGCGGUGCCGCGGCUUCCUGGUGCGUCGCGAGUUCAACCGGCGCAACUGGGCCACCACCACCAUUCAGGCCUACGCGCGCGGCAUGAUCGCCCGCCGACGCUACAAGAAGAUGAAGAUGGAGUACCGGGCCCGCAUGGAGUACCUGCGCCUCAGGGACGAGGAGGAAGCCCACCUCCGGAGGCAGGUCGGCCAGAGGGAGGCCAAGAAACUGGCCGAGGGCAAAUUCAGGGAGCGUCUGGAGGAGCUGGAGCGGCGCGAGCAGGAGGAGGAGCUGGAGGAGCAGCGCGGUCGGGACGCUGUGCGCGUGGUGCUCUCCGAGGCCGAGCGGCGCCAGAUGGAGCCCAUCGACGACUCAAAGAUGGUGGACGACGUGUUCGGCUUCCUGCAGCCGGACGGGGCAGGCGAGGCGGCCGCCAGCCAGGCCUUCGGGGGUUUCCAGCCCCUGCCGAAGGGUCCCGCCAACGGAGAGGUCAUCUCCGCACUUCCAGCCGCGCCCGAGGAGGUUGAGGACCUCAGCGAGUUCAAGUUCGCCAAGUUCGCGGCCACGUUCUUCCAGGGCAACGUGGGCCCGCAAUACUCGCGGAAGGCGCUCAAGCAGUCGUUGCUGCCACUUCAGACUCAGGGCGAUCAGCUGGCCGGUCUGGCGCUGUGGAUCACGAUCCUACGCUUCAUGGGCGACAUGCCUGAGCCCAAGUACCACACGAUGGACCGCGACAACACGUCCGUCAUGUCCAAGGUGACGGCCACUCUCGGCAGGAACUUCGUCAAGACCAAGGAGUUCCAGGAGGCGCAGCUCAUGGGAAUGGAACAGGAGAUGAUGGCGGCAGCGGCCGAGGGCUAUGGCAGUGGGGAGUACCUGAAGUCGAAGCCCCGCUCCAUCCGGAACAAGCUCGUCUCGCUGACGCUGAAGCGGAAGACCAAGCUAGGCGAGGACGUGCGCCGGAAGCUGGAGGAGGACAGCUACACCACGGAGAGCUACACCUCGUGGCUCGAGUCGCGGCCCACCUCCAACCUGGAGAAGCUGCACUUCAUCAUCGGUCACGGCAUCCUGCGCGCAGAACUCAGGGACGAGAUCUACUGUCAGAUCUGCAAGCAGCUGACGAACAACCCCUCGAAGUCGUCGCACGCCCGCGGCUGGAUCCUGCUGUCGCUCUGCGUCGGGUGCUUCUCGCCGUCCGAAAACUUCGUCAAGUACCUGCGCUGCUUCAUCCGCGAGGGGCCGCCUGGCUACGCGCCCUACUGUGACGAGCGGCUGCGGAGGACAUUCAGCAACGGCACGCGCAACCAGCCGCCCAGCUGGCUGGAGCUUCAGGCGACCAAGAACAAGAAGCCGCUGAUGCUGCCCAUCACGUUCAUGGACGGCAACACCAAGACGCUGCUGGCCGACUCUGCCACCACGGCCCGCGAACUCUGCAACCAGCUGAGCGACAAGAUCGGGCUCAAGGACCAGUUCGGCUUCUCACUCUACAUCGCCCUCUUCGACAAGGUCUCGUCGCUGGGCUCCGGCGGUGACCACGUGAUGGACGCCAUCUCCCAGUGCGAGCAAUACGCCAAGGAACAGGGAGCGCAGGAGCGGAACGCGCCCUGGCGGCUCUUCUUCAGGAAGGAGAUUUUCGCGCCGUGGCACGACCCGGAGGAGGACAACGUCGCUACCAACCUCAUCUACCAGCAGGUGGUGCGAGGAGUCAAGUUCGGCGAGUACCGCUGCGACAAGGAGGAGGACCUGGCGAUGAUCGCCGCCCAGCAGUACUACAUCGAGUUCAGCUCCGACAUGAACCAGGAGCGACUGAUCGGCCUCCUGCCCAACUACAUCCCCGACUACUGUCUGAACGGCAUCGACAACACGGUCGAAAAGUGGGCGCAGCUCGUCCAGCAGGCGUUCAAAAAGAGCUACUACAUGAAGGAGCGCGCCCAGGCCCUGAAGGUGAAGGAGGACGUUGUCAGCUACGCCAAGCUCAAGUGGCCACUGCUCUUCUCCAGGUUCUACGAGGCCUUCAAGUACUCUGGCCCGAACCUGCCGAAGAACGACGUCAUCAUCGCCGUCAACUGGACCGGCGUGUACGUGGUGGACGACCAGGAGCAGGUGCUGCUCGAACUCAGCUUCCCCGAGAUCACACAGGUCUCCAGUCAAAAGACCAACAAGACGCAGCAGCAGACGUUCACGCUGGCCACUGUGCGUGGCGAGGAGUUCACCUUCACCAGCCCCAACUCGGAGGACAUCCGCGACCUCGUCGUCUACUUCCUCGAGGGCCUGAAGAAGCGCUCCCGCUACGUCAUCGCCCUGCAGGACUACAAGGCUCCUGGAGAGGGCAGCAGUUUCCUGAACUUCCGCAAGGGCGACUUGAUCCACCUGGAGGACGACAGCACCGGCGAGACGGUGAUGAACAGCGGCUGGUGUGUGGGCACGUGCCAGAGGGACGGCGGCCGAGGCGACUUCCCCGCCGAGACGGUGUACGUGCUGCCGGCGCUCACCCGGCCGCCGCCAGACAUCCUGGCGCUGUUCGCGGCUGAGGGUGCCGAGCACGGCAGGAAGCUGUACACGCCGCAGCAGAAUAACCAGGGCGACACUGGCGAGCGGCCGCACACGCUGGAGGAGUACUCCAUCGACCACUUCAGGACGCCGACGAAGCGGACCAUGUCUCGCAGUCUGAAGAUGGCGACGCGCAGCAACCGGGACGACCUGUGGCGUCACUCGCGCGACCCGCUGAAGCUGCCGCUGCUGAAGAAGCUGCAGAACAAGGAGGAGCUGUCCCAGGAGGCCUGCGCCGCCUUCACCGCCGUCCUCAAGUACAUGGGGGACCUGCCUAGCAAGCGGACCCGCAGCGGCAACGAACUGACGGACGCCAUCUUCGAGGGACCGCUCAAACACGAGAUCCUGCGCGACGAGAUCUACUGCCAGAUCAUGAAGCAGCUCACCGACAACCGGAGCCGGCUGAGUGAGGAGCGAGGCCUGGAGCUGAUGUGGCUGGCCACAGGACUGUUCGCCUGCAGCCAAACGCUGCUCAAGGAGCUAACACUAUUCCUGAGGACGCGACGUCAUCCGAUCUCCAUCGACUCGCUGCACCGGCUCCAGAAGACGCUGAAGACCGGCCAGCGCAAGUAUCCGCCGCACCAGGUGGAGGUGGAGGCCAUCCAGCACAAGACUACCCAGAUCUUCCACAAGGUCUACUUCCCAGACGACACAGAUGAGGCAUUCGAGGUGGACUCGUCGACUCGUGCGAAGGACUUCUGUCACAACAUCGCGCAGCGGUUGAACCUGAAGUCGAGCGAAGGCUUCAGCCUGUUCGUCAAGAUCGCCGACAAGGUGAUCUCAGUGCCCGAGGGAGAUUUCUUCUUCGACUUCGUCCGACACCUCACGGACUGGAUCAAGAAGGCCAAACCAUCACGAGACGGCACGAUACCUCAGUUCACCUACCAAGUCUUCUUCAUGAAGAAGCUGUGGACCAAUACAGUUCCGGGCAAGGAUAAGAACGCCGACAUCAUCUUCCACUUCCACCAGGAGCUGCCGAAGCUGCUCAGAGGCUACCACAAGUGCAGCCGAGAGGAGGCGGCGCGGCUGGCCGCCCUCAUCUACCGGGUGCGUCACGGAGAGAGCAAGCAGGAGCUGCAGUCGGUGCCGCAGCUGCUGCGCGAGCUGGUGCCCGCCGACCUGGUCAAGGCGCAGAGCAGCAGCGAGUGGAAACGCAGCAUCGUGGCCGCCUACAACCAGGAUGCAGGCAUGGGUCCCGAGGACGCAAAGGUGAACUUCCUCAAGAUCAUCUACCGAUGGCCCACGUUCGGCUCGGCCUUCUUCGACGUGAAGCAGACGACCGACCCCAACUACCCGGAGCACCUGCUGAUUGCCAUCAACAAGCAGGGCGUCAGCCUCAUCCACCCGCAGACCAAGGACGUGCUCAUCACGCAGCCCUUCACCCGCAUCUCCAACUGGUCCUCGGGCAACACCUACUUCCACAUGACCAUAGGUAACCUGGUGCGGGGCUCCAAGUUGCUGUGCGAGACCUCGCUCGGCUACAAGAUGGACGACCUGCUGACCUCCUACAUCUCGCUGAUGCUGAACAACAUGAACCGGCAUAAGACGCUCAGUCGAGUCAAGUGAGGGCCGCCGGUCACACAGGGGUGUCCGGCAAGAGGUCGUCCCACGUUGUUGAUCAUGAUGUCGUUAGUGUUUUACAUCGAUGAUUGGAACGUGCGAGCGGUCUGGUGGGUCCUCGUCCGACCCGCAGUGUUUCUGACCACGUCACGCGCUGGGGAACCCCCGGAUGACCAGGGACGAGGGAUUGUGACCCCGGAGACACGACUGCGAGUGAGUGCAGAGGUGUGAAUGGAGAACGAUAGUGCGAGCGAUGCGGGACUGCUGUGCCGCCACCACUAGCAAACUGGUGAAAUCAGUGUGAUCUUGUCUGACCCGUAAUUCCAGUGUUUGCAUUCCAUCGCUUUGUAGAGGAAUGUAUCGCAAGGAAAUCCGCGCCCAUGAAGAAAUCCGCGCCAGUGCCUUUAUAUCAGGCCCAUAUGCACGCCCGCUUUGGAUGAAUCCGGGAAAUGAUCAAUAUUUAUUGAGAACGGGAGUCCGUGCCCUGCCUUUGUAUAUCGUAUUUUACCUUGCUGUGGUAGUGGGAACAAGUAGGUAAAAUAUUCUUACCAAGAUCGUGCAGAUAUUUAUGUACUAUUUGAGAUUGUCCGUUGUGAGACAGUGAAACGCGAAGGCAGCUUUGAUGUGAACCAUUCCGCCCAUGCCGAGAACCAGUCAGUCAUGAGGCUGGCCGUGGCGACAAUUUGUGAAGGUCAUGACGCCUUCGAAGCUAAUGUUUUGCCGCCAGCUGUCGCGAGCUGGUCGUGGGAAGAGGCUGAAUGAUGUUGAGCUGGCAGGUUUCAUGGACCGGUAAUUAAAGAGCAGAUAAUCAGUGCCCAGUUGAUGAGAAAAUAAAGAACUUGUCAACAA